CAGUCACUGUGGAUAUGAUUUCCCUUUCCUUUUUCAUCUUCCUUCACAGAGCAGAGAGGAAUAAUGGCAAAAGGAGAUUCUGCGUUAAACCAACAAUGGUUUGGUAUCUCAAGGUGUGGGCUACGAAACAUCAUCAAUUAAACAAUUCUAACAUCAAACUUUAGGAGAAAAAACAAAACGGGAAGCCGGGGCUCACCGGCCUUUGUCGUGUCCUUGUCGAUAUGGAAGCCAUAGCUAUUUCUCUGGCCGAAGCAGUCAUGUCCGGCUUGUUCCGUUCGCUGUCGGACCUCAUCUCCUCCACCCACUUCAACAGAUUCGAUCGCAGAGACAAGAUUUUAUCGGAGCUCAAGAAGUGGGAAAAGUUGCUGCUCAAAAUCAAUGCUUCCCUCGAAGACGCCGAAGAAAAGCAAACCACGAGCAGAUCCGUCGAGUUUUGGCUCCGGGACUUACGGGACAUUGCUUACGAUGCAGAGGAUAUCGUCGACGAGCUCGCCUACGAGGCGCAGCGCCGCCAAAUGAAGGAAGAAUCCGAUCCCUCUUUCUCCUCUCGCUUGGUGAGGAAAUAUAUCCCGACUUGCUUUCUUAGUUGUAAUCCAUCACAUAUUAAGUUUAGCUCCAGAAUUGAGUCCAAGAUACUGAACUUAACUGCUAGACUGGAUGAUGCUGUUUCAAUUAAGAAUGAUUUGUGUUUAGUUGAGAAUGGUAGAGGAAGGUAUGAUAGAGUGAAAAAUACGCUAAGAAUCAGUAGUUCUCUGGUAGAUGAGUCUCGUGUCUACGGUCGGGAAUCGGAUAAAGAUGCCGUUAUCGAUAUGCUGAUGAACGAUGGCUGUGAUAUCGGUGAUAUUGGUGUGGCCUGCAUUUGGGGUAUGGCAGGUGUGGGUAAAACCACUCUUGCUCAGUUGGUGUACAAUGAUACCGAAGUCAAGAGCUUUUUCGAUUUGAAAGUCUGGGUUUGUGUCUCCGAGGAAUUCGAUGUUGUCCGGUUGACGACGACCAUGCUUCAGGCUGUUACUGAAGAGAGUUUCAGUGUAAAGGAUCUGGAUUUACUCCAAGUAAGACUAAAGGAGAAGCUGUGUGGGAAGAAAUUCUUUAUAGUUUUAGAUGAUGUGUGGAAUGAGAACUAUGAACAAUGGGAGCUUCUAUGUAGGCCUUUCAUUGAAGGGGCAGCCGGAAGUAAAAUUCUCGUGACAGCUCGAAACGAAUCUGUUGUAUCGAUGAUGGCUACUUGUGGGACUUAUCAUCUAAGGGAACUCAAAAACGAUGAUUGUCUCUCCCUGUUCACUUGGCAUGCUCUUGGGGCUUCGGGUUUCGAAGGUCACCCUCACCUUAAAACAAUCGGUGAGGAAAUAGUGAAGAAGUGCAAAGGCUUGCCAUUGGCAGCUAAGAUCCUCGGAAGACUGCUUCGUACUAAAGGAAACCUGAUGAGUGGGAAGACAUAAUUAAGAGCAAGAUUUG